GCCCCACUCCGUGGCGGGGGACUCGGUUGCCUUGGCCCCUGCGCGCUGCCGUCUUUUCCGGCAGUUGGAGCGCUUCCUGUUGUCCUCACCCGCAACCGCCCCUCGGCCCGGACUUCAGAGUCCUUUAGGCGUCCCCUCCUCUCCUCUGGUCGGCAGGGUGCUGCCGCCGGGGCUUCGCCCGUCCGCCCGUCGAGAGAGGUCGCUGACCGCGCCGGCGUCCGCGGCUGUCCGCCGCCCCCAGCCCUUCCUCCCCCGGGGCUCCGCAGCCAUGGCAAUGACAGGCUCAACACCUUGUUCAUCCAUGAGUAAUCACACAAAGGAAAGGGUGACAAUGACCAAAGUGACAUUGGAGAAUUUUUAUAGCAACCUUAUCGCUCAACAUGAAGAACGAGAAAUGAGACAAAAGAAGUUAGAAAAAGUGAUGGAAGAAGAAGGCCUAAAGGACGAAGAGAAACGACUGAGGAGGUCUGCGCAUGCUCGGAAGGAAACAGAGUUUCUUCGGUUGAAGAGAACAAGACUUGGAUUGGAAGAUUUUGAGUCCUUAAAAGUAAUAGGCAGAGGAGCAUUCGGUGAGGUGCGACUCGUUCAGAAGAAGGAUACAGGGCAUGUGUAUGCGAUGAAAAUACUCCGUAAAGCAGAUAUGCUUGAAAAAGAGCAGGUUGGCCACAUCCGUGCGGAGCGUGACAUUCUAGUGGAGGCAGACAGUUUGUGGGUUGUGAAAAUGUUCUAUAGUUUUCAGGAUAAGCUAAACCUCUACCUAAUCAUGGAGUUCCUGCCUGGAGGGGACAUGAUGACUCUAUUAAUGAAAAAAGAUACCCUAACAGAAGAGGAGACUCAGUUUUAUAUAGCAGAAACAGUAUUGGCAAUAGACUCCAUUCACCAGCUUGGAUUCAUCCACAGAGACAUCAAGCCAGACAACCUUCUCCUGGACAGCAAGGGCCACGUGAAGCUUUCUGACUUCGGCCUUUGCACAGGACUGAAAAAAGCACAUAGGACAGAAUUUUACAGGAACCUGAACCACAGCCUCCCCAGUGAUUUCACUUUCCAGAACAUGAAUUCCAAAAGGAAAGCAGAAACCUGGAAAAGAAACAGACGUCAGCUAGCUUUCUCCACAGUAGGCACUCCUGACUACAUUGCUCCCGAGGUGUUCAUGCAGACUGGGUACAACAAGCUCUGUGAUUGGUGGUCGCUUGGCGUGAUCAUGUACGAGAUGCUCAUCGGCUACCCACCGUUCUGUUCUGAGACCCCGCAAGAAACAUACAAGAAGGUGAUGAACUGGAAAGAAACUUUGACUUUUCCUCCAGAAGUGCCGAUUUCUGAGAAAGCCAAGGAUCUAAUUUUGAGAUUCUGCUGUGAGUGGGAACAUAGAAUUGGAGCCCCUGGAGUAGAGGAAAUCAAGAGUAACUCUUUUUUUGAAGGCGUUGACUGGGAACAUAUCAGAGAGAGACCCGCUGCGAUAUCUAUCGAAAUCAAAAGCAUUGAUGACACCUCAAACUUCGAUGAGUUUCCAGAAUCUGACAUCCUUAAGCCAACAGUGGCUACAAGUAAUCACCCCGAGACUGACUACAAGAACAAAGACUGGGUCUUCAUCAAUUACACAUACAAGCGCUUUGAGGGCCUGACGGCUCGGGGGGCAAUACCUUCCUACAUGAAAGCAGCAAAAUAGUACCCUUGAACUAGAACCCUAAAUGGAGCAGAGUUCUUUGUACAACAUCGCGGUUUUCCUCUCACACGCUCUUUUGAGUUUCCAAGAAGUUUAUGGAACCCGCCAGUGUGUCACGGCGCACUCCCGCCGUGUGAUAUAGGUGGAGGCUCUCCCACACCGCGUCGGAAAACCUGUCGGACAAAGACGACCAUUUCUGCUGCAUCGGCCGUAAACAGCCGUACUGCUGCUCUAGAAGCCCCGUGAGCCAAUUUGAUAGAGGUUUUAAAAAACUUGUUUUCCUAAGUUCAUCAGAAUGAAGGAGAAAAACAGCCAUCCUCAAACAUCAUUGAGAUUGUAACACGUACUUACUGAAGAUCAGCCAAUUUCUGUGAUUUUUGCGACAGAUGUGCUUUCUGCCAAGCCCACUAAGUAUUUCUUCUCCGUGACAGCUCAGAGUUCCGUCGUGCUGAGGAAAUAAAGCAAUAACGAAAGCCUCGGCGCCAGCACUCGCCGAAGGAGACACCACCCCCUGUCCUCGGAGGGGCGGGAGGCAGUUCUCUCUGUGCCGCGGCUGCGUGGCCGGGCGGGUGGCCGGGCGGGUGGCCGGACAGCCACCACUCACGGUGCACUUUAUUUAUGGUACUAGGAUACAGACCCUCGGCCCGGCGAGUCUCCCCUCGCGCCCGCCUCAGAUACUCCCGCUGCUUUUCUGAGUGUUGAAGGGGGACACCAGCUCCAUCUCUUGUUGCUCUGAGACGGCCUGGAAGUCACGGAGCCUUGCCAAGGAUGCCAGGUCACGCGGAAAACCGUCACUGUCCCUUCAUGGCCGUAUCGGAAAAUCCCUAAGACGGGCGUCGUCGUGGACCCGUGACAGCCGCCAGCGGGAACUCGGCAGGGAGAGUCCGGGCAGAGGCAGGAGGUCUGGAACCCUCUUGGCUAAGGUGCUUCUCCUGCUUGGUCUCUGGAACCUCCUUGGACUUGAAGGAAGCAGCCCGGUAGAAAGCGCAGAGCCAGCCUGUGAAUCCGUGUGAUGUUUACUCCUCAGUCCUGACGCAACCGCCCUCUCUCUCUGUCGUUCUCUCCCAUUUAAGUAACCGUUUUGCCUUGGAAUCACGAUUACGAACUUUUCCUUUGCAGAUGCCUUCCCGGGGGUGCCUCUCUCCACCCGAAAGGGUAGCCUGCGGCUCUGACUGGCCAGGCCUCCGCCGCCGCGUUCUCGUGAGAGACCCUCGGACUUGUAGCACGAAGUGCCUUUUCUUUCACAGCUGCCACCACCUUUAGAGGAAUUUUGCCGCAUCAGAAAAACGUGGAGGCUCCAUUUUAAUGCAUUAUUUUAAAAUUUAUGAUAACUCUGAAAGCAACGUUUGCACCUGUGCGGUAAUUUUGCCUGUCGCCAAGCGUCGUGGCCGAGCUCCAGCCAGGAGUCUGCUUUCUGCCAGGCUUGAGGUUCAGAGCCACUUGACAAUAUGUCCUAGCUUAGCCAUUCAGAGAGGAAAAAUGGGGUAAUAUCAGAGUUACGCUAGUAAAUGAAACUGUUUUGGGUUUUAAUGUCUUAGAAGGAAAAAAAAUAUAUAGGGAAGUAUUCACUUUGGAUAAAGGUAACGUUUGCCCCUUAAUCUUUCAUUCAUGGUCUGUUAGUGAAAAGGAAGUAAAUGAGAUUCUUUUGUGUAA